CUUGCUGGUGCCCUCAAGCAGUUUAAUGUCGAUGAUAAUGAUAAGAUUGCAUUUUUGGAGCCCAGAGGACUUGUAAAUACCGGUAAUAUGUGUUAUAUGAAUUCGAUUCUCCAAAUACUUGUAUACUGUAUGCCUUUUUACAACUUCUUGGACCAGGUUAGCAAGAGAGCUGCCCACUCUUUCAAGAGCGACACUCCUCUUGUUGAUGCUAUGAUCAUGUUCAUGAGAGAGUUCAAGACUAUUGACAGCGCAGAGUCUGCUGAGAAGCUGCGCAUGCGUCUCAAGGAUCAGGAACUGGAACAAUAUGGUGACUCUAUUACCCCCGAAUAUGUUUACGAUACCAUCAAACAGCUGCCUCGUUUCUCAUCGAUGAGACGUGGUCAUCAACAAGAUGCGGAGGAGUUCCUUGGCUUCCUGCUUGACGGUAUCCACGAUGAGUGCACGACUGUAAUGCGCAAGGCUGGAGUCGACUCGGAUGAUUCUGCUCAGCCUGCAUCCCCUGCUAGCACUACCUCAGGCGCUAACGCCGACGCCGGCUGGCUUGAGGUUGGUCCCAAGCAGAAGCAGUCUGUCACUCGCCAGAGUGGUGAAUCCUUGCCUACUCCUAUCACACGCAUUUUCGGAGGUUCCCUUCGCUCGGAGCUUCGCGUUCCUGGUUUGAAGAACUCUGUCACCAUGGAGCCAUACCAGCCUUUGCAGUUGGACAUUGGUGCACCCGACGUCAACAACAUUAUUCAAGCAUUGAAGGCCAUCACGAAACCAGAGACUUUGACUGGAGAUUUCGGUUCACCUCGUGGCCCCGGCACCACUGCUGUCAAGCAGGUCUUUAUUGAAAGCCUGCCACCAGUCCUGAUUCUUCACCUAAAGCGCUUCCAGUACGACAACACUGGCGGUACACAGAAGAUUUGGAAGAAGGUCGGUUACCCGCUCGAGCUGGAGAUUCCCAAGGAAGUCUUCGCUCCUCAGAAGCGUGGUGGUCUGGCUGUUCAAGGUGGCGCUCCCAAGUACCGUCUUACAUCAGUCGUCUACCAUCAUGGAAAAAGCGCUGCUGGUGGUCACUACACUGUUGAUAUUCUUCGCCAGGACGAGCGUGAGUGGGUUCGUGUCGAUGACACUAUCAUCCGCCGCAUUCGCCCUGAGGAUGUGGCAGAGGGUGGUGCGGAGGAAGACCCAAGAGUUUUGGCACGCGCGCUUGAGCAGCACAAGGCAGACUCGGACGCUUCCAAGCGUAAUCUGUUCGAAGGUCUGGACGGCGAUGAUGACACAGACAGCGUACGCAGCUGGAACGAGGUCAAUGGUGCUAACAAGAAGCCUACAUGGACAUCGACCGUUGCAAACGGAUCAUCAUCUGGCAAGCGCACACCACUGGCUGCCAACAAGAGCAGCGUGAAGGACAACAAGGUCGCUUACAUCUUGCUGUACGAAAAGAUGAAG